UCAAUGAAGGGGAGACGUUUGUUGUGAAAAUUGUUUCCUAUUAUUUUGCCUUCCGUCGUUUAAUUAUUUUUGUGCGAUGUUCUUAGUUAGAUAGAAAACAAAUCUUGUUACUUUACACUAGAUAGAGUACGAGAAAUAUUUUUCUUGAGUGUCUAAAUGUAGUUUUAGUAGAAUGUUCCUCGAGCGUAUAUUGUUGACUGCGACCUGCCUCGGAAUUAAAGUUUUCCCGCGGGCGUCUGGUGAAGAAGUGAAAAUCCGGGAACACGCAGCAGACAGAGGUACUAAUGUGACCAUACCCUGUGGAGGUUUAUUAACUCUGCCCACCCCUAACGUGCAGUGGGUGCACAGAGGUAACCGGACACAUCAUGAAAUUCUGAUCGACGGCAGCUUGCUACUGACUAACGUGGACGUGGACGACGCUGGGGUGUACGAGUGCGGUGUGGAAAACGAGACCUCCUUUAUCGACAGGGUGAACCUCACCGUUCGCACGGAACCGCCGCCCCUGGUGAACGUAACCGUCCACGCGUCCACCAUCCUCGCGCUGAUCCUGUGGAACGUGGCUGGAGACGGCGGUCACCCAAUCAUCGACUUCACCGCGCAGUACCGCGCGGCGGCGCCUGUAAACGGCUCCCUGGAGCCCUGGAGGCCCAUCAGCCCCAACCAUAUUAGUCCCAAUUCGCGUCAAAUAGACGUGUACCAUCUGGAGCCGAACGCGUCGUACUGGUUCAGGGUGUGGGCGAACAACAUGCUGGGCCCCGGGCCGCCGGUCGAAGUACUCGCCACCACGCUCUUCAGCGACCAGGAAGCAGAGCUGUACAAGCACUUCCUGGAGGGCGCGGAGUCGUUCGACACGCGCACGUGGGUGGCGGCGGUGUGCGUGGUGAUGGGCACGCUGGCCGUGCUGGCGGCGGGCACGUGCGCCGUGCUGUGCCGCGAGUGGCGCCGCUCCGAAUAUGGCGACGAGCAAGACGUAAUAGAAUUAGUGCCUAAUAUAAUCCUGAACCCUGGUUUCAUGGAGUCGGACCCGGUACGACCUCGAGAGACGUAUGCGGCUUCUAUUAUCAAGUCAACGGAGUGUCCAGGCCCUGGAAAACCACGACGAGUCUGAUUCUCGUCUAUUCUUAACCUUAGGAUAUUUUAUCGAACCGAUUCUGGACUAGUGUCAUGAUAUAACUGAUUUUAAAUCGUUUGCUAUUUAGGAUUUGAACUCUUAACGAUCUAAUUGUGAUUUACAAAAAUAAUUAAAAAUUUUAGUACUUUCAACUGAUUUAAAACAAGGCGGUACUGAAUUCGGUUUUUUUUUAUAUUUGUUACCUCAUAACUCCGUCAAUUGUUAACCAAUUUGAAAAAUUCUUUUUUAUCUAAAAGUAUAUAUUUACAGAUUGGUUCCAUAAAAUUUUUAUCAAAAUCCGUUUCGUAGUUUAGUUUUUAAAUCAAAAUAACUGAUUUUGUUACAGUUGUAAUCCAUUAUUUUUAUUAUAAAAAAUAUUAAAUAAAUAAUUAAUAUUCAUUUACAAUAGAUUUACAGAGUUCAUGCCUAAAUCGCUAUUUAAAAUAUGAGAAUGCCAUUUUUGUCAAUUUUUGCCUAUGAACUUGAAAUUUUACAAAAUAAAAAAAUAUAUAUUGAAGCAAGGUUUUAGCUAAAUCUGGAAAUAUAUUUUCUGAGAAAAAAAAAGUGUAUCAAAGGCAGCUCAUUACCUCUGUAUACAUAAAAUGAUUGUAGUUGGACAGUGCGGUUAGUCGCAACAGUUGUUGAACUUAUGAUUCUUGUUGCUUUGGAAUUAAGUUCAAAAUUGGUGAACUGUUUUCAACUACUUUUAUUCCUGACUAUACAAGGGUAAGAGGACACAUAUCAUGCGCUACGCAGGCUUAUCUUAAAUCGAGUCGGUGUGAUAAAAUAUGCUACAGGUUGUUAUAUAUUGUGCUCGAUUAUGACUUAUUAUAAGUGCUUAUCAAGUUGUUUUUUCAAAAGUUUAUGUCAACACACAACAAACAUAGCAAACAGUUUUGAAUCAUAUUAAAUCUAUAGAAAAUUCUCUUAAAAUCCUCAGUUUCCACAUUUAUAUGAGGUAUAAUAAUACUCUUAUACCUUUAAACAAAAACGAAUUGUUAAUAUAAAUUAAUAUGAAUUGAAAUCCAGUUUUGGGCAUAUUUAUAAAUAAAAAUCAUUAGGAGUGAUAAAAUUGUUUUUAUAUAGCUUUUGAAAAAACAAUUUGGUGUAACAUUAGCUUAAACACUGAGAGAGAUCACUUUUAGUAUUGUAAGCGUUUCAUGUUUAAUGUUGAGGUUGCCACCUUGCCAUUAUUGGAUAUACAACUUUGCAGUACAUUGUUGCAGUUCAAACUCUUACUUUGUUAUUUUAUAUACGAACUGAUGCUUGCAAUUUAUAGUGUUUAUACUUAUACACAUUAAUAUAUAAGUCUGCCGUAUGGAUUCUUUAUCAUUCUGGCAACCCCAAAUUGCUACGUACAUUUUUAUGACUCGUAUUGCUUACCGUUCGAAGUGAAUUGUUAAUGUUGCUAGUUCUAAUUAUAGUAAUUUUUAAUUAUAUAUUUUUUGCAAUAUUAGAUAUAUUUUUAUAACGAGAUCUCACUUAAUUAAGGCAUUUAUAUUUGAUAAAUGUAUUUGUUUUAAUUUUUUUAUUUAAUUGUGAUUUCAUGCUGUGAUUUGUGUUUGUUCGACAUAUUUAUUAUGGUCAUGUAAGGUAUGGUAACAGUAAGUGUGUAUAUAUUAUAAUCUUAUAUAUAUAUUUUUGAGACUGGUGCGAAGGUAUAGUAUAUAACUUAUUAGGAAUUAGUAUUUAUAGAAUAGAAUUGUAUAUUGCUGAUUUGAGCACAUUGGAAAGUAAGCUUUCAAUAAUAGAGCUUCCCGGUCGUGUUUGCUUGAAGGCCAUCCACAAAUAUGUCACAUUGUUAUGACGACAAUAUUGUAGUGAUUAUUGUUCAUGUUAUAGUGGUUAAGUGUGACACUCAAAGGCAAUGAUGCAGUGAGUAGGUGCGGCGAUGUCGUGGUAAAGUUGUUAUUGUAAGUUUGUAAAACAAAUCAUAUUUUUACAUUUAACUCAAUAUUGUUUUGAUUUAAAGGGAUUUGAUUAUCAAUGAUAAUAUUUUCUAUUGUGUGUUUUUUUUUUCUUUAUUUAUUUAUACAAUUCAAAUAUUAAAAACCACGACUAACCAAAGAUAUAAAGUUUUAUAGUAGUAUAAUAUGGAUUAUAAUGAUGUUAUCAAAGUGAAGGAGGGUUUAUUUUUGUAUACAGUUGUACGCAUAUCAGGUAAAGCCUUAGAACAUAAAAAAUGAGUAUAUAUGGUUACAUAACCUUCCCUUCUGUCCUAAAUACCUGUUUGUUAAUUUGCGCUGUUACGAAUAUACCUGUUAUAACACUUUUUAGAUAUCAUGUUUGAAGUUACCCCAAAGCGUGUUGGGGUAAUUAUGAACUUUCAUUUUUGUAAGUACCUAAAUUAUUAUAAUAACUGAGAAAUUAAUUUUAUAGUGUUAUUAGAAUAUUAUUGAGUGGAUGGGAUAGAAAUUGUAACAUCGCAAAUUGUCGUCUCUUUCCAUUCUUGUGUAGCUCAUUGCCUCUUGGUGUAUUCACUUCUUGACGUAAUUUCUAACGUAAAUGACUAUGUAUAGUAUUGGGUAUUCCAUGUGAUUGGUUAUUAUUAUUGUAUUUCGAUUAAUACAAGUACGUUUGUAAAAUAAUAAUUAAAGAUUACACAAUGUUGUUGAUAAUUGAAAAUCUAAACGUGUUCAAACAUCAGUAAUUAUUCGAAAUAACUUACUUUUUACCAACCACAUGGUCUGACUGCACUAAAACUUGUAUUCCUAACUGUGUUGUGCUCUCUCUGCAUUUAUAGCUAGUAUCUUAUUGUAUCUAUUACGUCCGUCUUGCAAUAUAUAAAUGUGCUAAGAUGUCAAUUAUAUAUAUAUCUCAGUAUACAUAUAUAUAACUGAGUAUAGUUCUGUGUUUGCACUGUUCAAUUUAUAACGCUAUGAUCGAACGUGAAGUAGAAAGCUUGGGUAUGGAGGAGCAUCUUUCAUCCAUAUAGCUCUUAAUUGUAUCAUGUUUGAAUACUUGAUUAAGUGAUUCAUUAAAUUUUAAAUAUCAAGCAUCGAGCAAUAUCAUCUGAAUAGAUAUUAUUAAUACAAAAAAAAACUGCUUGAUAAUUUGUUCCGAUAUAAAAAGUUGAUUUUACAUUUAUUUAUAUUCUUUUUUUUUUUGUUAAGUUGCAUGAAUUAUAUGAAUUAUUUCAAAUCAUAAAUGGAAAAUAUUUUGAUAUAUUUUUAUAUGUAAAGCCCAUUUUUUUUAAUAAAAUAAAAAAAUAUUGGCUUUACGUAUAAAAAUAUAUCAAAAUAUUUUCCAUUUAUGAUUUGAAAUAAUUCAUGACCAGCUAAAUUUUUGAAACAGUUAUUUAGUCACUUCGAUCAUAGUAGUGUGUGUGCACCCAUAUAAAAUUCACGCUAAUAAAUUUUAAACUUUAUUAUAUAAAAUUACUUAUUUUUAUAUGAUGAUGAUGAUGAUGAGAUGAGGGUUUUGUACGGGUAUUUGUGAUGUGUUUAAUCAUUUGUGGCACAUGUAGGAAGGAAAGCAAAUUGAUUGAUUACACAAAAUGUAUUUUAUAAGAGUAAAAAUCUUCCAUACGACCCGAGCGACGAAUUGAUGAGUGUAGUUGUCGGUUACGUCGACCAGUCACAGGCGAAUUAGUGAAACCUAAAUAAUAUCGCGGAAUUAUUACCACUCGGCAUAUCAAAAAUAAAUCGUUACCACAAAGUGUUACAAACAUAUGUGGCAGUAAACAUCAGACACUUAAAAUUGGUUGAUAUUAAUAAUAAUACAGGAAGUUGGCAACGAAAACCCAUAAAUGUACAUAAGGCUGUAUAGGUACUUUAGAAAAAGUAACGUGUAUAUUGCCACAAUAGUGAAAUUUAGUAUUGAAUUGUAUCUCUUAGUCGCUAUUGCUUUUAGUCAAAUAUUCACGAAAUAACGUUCGUACAUUACCUGGCUGUGUUUGUGACUGGUUAUAGAUAUCGCAAAAUGGCAUCGCGGUGAGGUCAUAACAAGUUUUCCAAAAUAUAUUUUAAUUUUUUUCACCUUAAAUUGUAUUGUACAAUAUUUUUGGUAAAUCUAUUUAUGAUUUAUUAAAACAAACACGAGAACAAUGGAAAUUAAUAUAUUUUUGGUAAAUUUAGAAUAUUAUAAUAACAACAAAAAAAAAAAGACAAAAGAAUUACAGAUCCAUGAUAUAUUACAUUGUAUUGAAAGUGCUUCUUUAACACAAUUUUUACUAUUUUUAAUUGGCAUGUCAAUAAUGUAAUUAUAUAUUUAUUAAUAUAAAAUAUUAUAUUUAAUUAAACAAUAACUAUUCAAUAUUUUUUCAAUUAUAAAACUUUAUACAUAUGUAAUAGUUAUUUGAAUAAUCAUUUAUUAUUAAAUCAAAUUCCCCUUUGUUUUAAAUUACCCCACUAAUUAAUGUUAAAUCACAAGCACAUAUAUAUUUUAAACAUGAGUUUCACUGCGAUGCUCUCAUUUAGUAGGAUAAGAAUUUAUUAGCUAGGGGUGUAUUAUUAGCUUAGUAAUUCGAACGCUAGCGUAGGCAGGCACUUAGCAGUAGGUCGCGGGUUCGAGAGUCAAGACUGAGCUGCGAGGGUGUGAGGUCCCUGUUUGUAUCUUUAUUGAUUACAAUUACCCCAAAGAUCGAAGUUACCCCAAGUAUUAUUUUUAUAUACAACAUAUCAAAAAACUAAUCCUUUAAUAUUUUCAUUGUCAUUUUGUCCAAAUAAAGUUUUGCUUUUCCGCAUUGAUCGUUUUUUAAUUAGAUUUUUUAUAUUUGAGUACAAACGUACUUUCCAAGCUUUACCUCACGCCCUCUCUAUUCAGACAGACAAGAAUGGUAUUCAACAAUAUUGUGCCUAUAACGUGAAUCGAGUUUUGCACCGCUCUCACUAGUAUAGCUCGUCAAAUUCAUGCGCAGUGCUCCUACGGAUUGAUGUAUGGGAGGAUGGGGUACUGCGCAUGAAGUUGACAACUUAUAAUCGUGAUGUACGUAUUACAUUGACGUAUUCUUAUUGUAUUGGUAUAAAUUAUUUUAUGUAUUAAGCAGUACUCACUACAUAAAUUUUAAUGUUAUUUCUAUCUGCAAUUCUGCAUUUCUAUUUCUUAUCCAUACGUAAUGUUAUUUUAACAAAAUAAUUCUUAAAUCUCUUAAAUGCAGCGUUAUUUUCAUUCAGUUUAACUGUCUACCCUAAAACUGUUAAAUUCUAAAUUGAAGCAUGAUUGGUAAAGGUAGCUAUUAUGCAUGAGCAUGGAUUUAUUUUGUAACUAAUAAAAUUGUUCAUUAUUCUAAGCAAACCUCUGGCAACACUCGUGUUCAAUAAGAAUUGUUUCCAAUCGUCGUUGCCAAAUUUGAAGACGAUCUACCUAAUAAACUCUAGAAGAAGAUGUUAAUAUUCAUUUUCCAUGAAUAUUCAAAGCUGUAUUUGCUUGUCUGGAUGAGUUAUUUAAGGCUCAAUCAAUAAUGUUGCCAGUGUAAAAAUUUACACAAUAGCUAAAUUACCGUUAAAUGCAAUUAAAUGUUGCUCGUAAUAGUAUAACUCGGCUGUCUACAACCGUCACGAUUUGGCACAUAAUCGGUAGAAUCGAUUGGUAGUCACUAGUUAAUUGGCAUGUCCAAACAUGAGUUUGUCAGUCGGGAGUUCGUAUUGAUAUCGAUUCCAUCGAUAAUCGAUUCCAUCGAUAAUCGAUUCAAAAUUGAUUACUAUCGAAUGAUAUGAGUAGUAAUAAUGCACGGUAGAAUCUAAAUAAACCAAUCGAUAGUAAUCGAAAUUUCGCAAACGUUGUACUGUCUCGUCGAUGCUUUCCCCAAUUAUUUAUACAUUUUUAAUUAAAUAAAUGAAUAUUUAAUUACACUUUUUUAAUUAAAUAAAUGAAUAUUUAAUUAUACGUUUUUAAUUAAUUAAUUUAAUUAAAAAUGUACAACCUUCCGGUAAAAAAACAUUAUGUUGUGUUAAAAAUAAGCAGAUAUGUUCCUCGCUUGUUACUAAACGAUAAUUAUUUAAAGGUGUUUUUUUUUUCGUCUUACUUCUAUACGUGGAUACUAUAACCUGCCAGAUUAGUAUGCAGCACUUCCACUGGGUUAUAAAUGUGAUUAGAGGGAGGGAAAGUAUAGUAUAGCGUAAAGCGAGUGCUCUAUACUUCCCCGAUACUUCACUUUGCUCCGCGUAAAUGUUUUUACCUUGCUUCCCGCGCGCACCGCGCACACUCUUGGAAGUCCUGUAUUCGAAGUUGACGAUUUAUAAGUAUUACAUUUUAAUCGUGGACUUAUUAAUUAACUUUUUUUUAUGUAAUAACUAACGGAUUAACUUACGUGUAAUUAGAUCGAGUAAACUCGGUCAGGUAUAAGCUCGCGUCAUAGCCGCUCAUGAGUAAUGAUCACGAGUUGGUCCCGAAACUAGUCGAGUUUUCUUGAUCUAAUUACAAGUAAGUUAAACCGGUAGUUAUUACAUUAAAAUAUAAUGUGUGUUUACGAGACUUUUAACAAUAAAAUAAUUGGUUGACUUCCUUAUUUUAAUAUUGUUCCGUUUAUAUACAACUACAUAGUCCUCAGGAAUGGCAACGCAUGGGGGGUAUCAUGGGCGAAACAGUAUACUCUGUUAUGUCCAUGGUACUGCUCAUGUAUAUAGGCGACGGUUACCACUUUCCAUCAGGUGGGCCGUCAGCGUGUUUGCCAUUCUAAGUUGUAUAAAAAAAAGAAAAGUAUAUCUGUGCUGGAAUUGUAUAUUGAACAAAAAGCUAAUGUGUCAUACGCCGCGUUGCCUCUACUACUAUAGAGCUAAAACAUAAUUUUUACUUUACAUUAAAGUAAAUUAUUUUAGGCUAAGGUUGCCUUUAGAAUACGAAGCACGUCCAUUUUGAUAUGGCAGCGAAUGGUUUGUCUGUUUUUUUUUUUUUUGAUUUGCCAUUCUAUUUCUAAUAAUAAUAAUAUUAAGAUUAAAUAUACCUGUUUCGAAUUGAUUGCGAUAUAUUUUUACGAUGUAAGUUUGUAAAUUAAGUGUAGUUUUACAAGUGUACAAGUUUGAGGAGAGAUGGAUUCAUCGAUCGUUGUACGAUAAUGUAAUUUAGGUUUUUACAAAGCGGUGAAAUGGAUGAAAAUUAUGUUAACCUACUAUUUAUUUAUUAUAAGGAUUUGUUUUUUUUUUUUUUUUCAUAUUGGAAAUUGACGCAAAAGAGAAAGACAAUAGUUAAAAUUGAUUAAAAUACAUUUAUUAGGCAUUCGUUGUUUUUAAAUAAGAAAAUUAAAUUUUAUAUUGUUCAAAUACAUAUUAAUUUAAAUAAAUGUAUUUAUUUACAUUAAUAUCUAUUAGGAAUUGUUGUAAAUAAGAACUCCAUAACUUAAUCAUAAAACUAACAAUCUAUGGUUUAAUGAUAAUAUCUAUUCAAAUACUAUAACAUUCAUGUUGUAAGUAACAUGUGUUCGGAACCGAUUUUUAUAAUUGUAAAACCAUAUCGUCAUAGUCGUAGAAUACUGACGGUUCUGACGAAUAUUACAUAUACAGAUCCGUCAGUAUUCUACGACUAUGACGAUAUGUAACUAAUAAAUAAAUAAAAUAAUAAUGUAACAUAAUUUCUGUAAUUCUGUAUUUUUGUGAUAAUAAAAAAAAAAAAAACUACAACAUGAGCGACCUCUGUACGCACCUCGAUAUUCACACGAUGAAUCUAUCUUUCUACUUGUCCAUGAAAGCUUAUUAUGUACAUGUAUAACAGAUGACAGUACACGUAAUCGCUUUGUCCUAUCUGCCGUCUACAAUAGCCGUAGUGAAUCUGUGGUCACCGUCACAUUCACAUUACUGUUUACUCGCUGCUAACUGAAUGAUACAAUCAUCUGUUGGAUGUAAUGAUGAAAUAGAUAUUUAGAUUGAGUUUAAUGACAAUUUUAAAGCUUAUAAUAACUACUAUAAUACGAAUAUACAUUUGGAAGUAACAUGUUUUGAUCAUUGUUACAUAAUAUUGAUUUGGAUCCGGCUCGAAGGAUCAAAAUGUAUUUUGUUGCCGUCUUUUAAUAAUUAUACAAUUAAUUUUUGGCCCUAAAUUGGCUCUAAAACCCUAAUUUAAUCCGAUUACAUUUCGAGUUAUGAGUUUCUACAUAUAAUUUAUCUCAAAUAAAGAUUUGAGUGUUAACUGAAAUAACAAUACGAUAAAGAUAGCGUUUUGGUAAGGUAACGUAUACAAUACGUUGUUUCUCGUUCUAGUUAGCAGCGGGUAAUUCCCUCAUAAAAUUCCAACGGGUGUGCCUCCAGUGCAUACGCACAAUGAUAUUGUAUACAGGGUGACAUCAAAGGUGUUAGUCACAUGUACAAUUGAAAAUCUUUCCAUCCUAUAGAAUAUAUUAGGACACAAAUUUUGUAAAUCGAAAAUUCAAUAAUGACAAAUUUUUAGCCUUUCAUAUUAACUGGCUGGUCGCAACAUUUUAGUAUAUAGGAGAGGGUUGUUAGUAAUGCAGAAUACUAGUCGCAUUAUUAGUAAUAUGACCCAGUCAGGUCGACCUUCACGUGGAAACUUUAUUUAGCGCGUUAAAUUCCAGAUGCAUCACUGGUCCCUCGCCAGUCUAUACUGUUAGCGCAGGGGUUACCAUUCUAUUAUCAUCCAUUAAAAAAAAAAUAGUAUGGGUGGUUCAAAAUUUUUAUGCGUUUUUCAAUCAAUUUUAUUUCAAUUCUAUGGUGAAAAUGUACUACACAUUUUUCCCUAAUAGGAUAUUUUCUUCAAAAAAUGCUAAUGAUAUCACCCUGUAUUUUUAUUGCUCAUAGUGAACUAAUUGUUUUAUAUUACAUGUGUAACUGACUGAUAAAAAUAAGUGAUACGAUCCAAAAAUUUAAACUUUAUUGUUAUUAUUUUUAACGAUACUAAAGAAUCUCGUUGAUAUUCCAAAAACAGAUGAUUUUUUUUUCUUAUACGUUUUAUUUAUAUAAUGGUUUAAGAUAUUCGAAAUAAAAAAAAAUAUUUUAUUUAAUAAGUUUACACAUAAGAAAAUAUUGUAAGUGAUAUAUUUUAUGUUAUACAUUUAUUUGUUUUGUAAGUUCCCUUAGACAGUUUCUAAUUAGAUAUCCGAUGGAAAAAACAUUCUUAAUCCAAGCUUUGGUCCACUUAAAAAUAAAAAAAAAAUUGUAUGUUUUUCAAUAACCUAACUUUUGCACAAUGCAUAUAAUUACUAAUUACCUUACAUUGACAAGUAGUUCCUAAAAUGCUAAACUUUAGUUCUUUAAGAACUCAUACUUUUCUGAAAACGAUACAGAAUUAUAAUCGCGCCAAUAAUCGGAUGUCUAAUUAGAAACAUGUCAAAGUAAAUGUGAAACGGAACGUACCUAUUUGUUGUUUUAAAUAUGAAAUUGUGAUGCCCGUUCUAGGCACAAUAGAGUUAAACACCGUUGUUGUAAUGUUGGAAAUCAUUCCCAUUAAAACUACAUUUUACACAUGA